AACUUGUAGCUAAAAGUAACUUGGAUUUCAUAGGAAAUACACAUAAAGUAAUAUUAUUGCGGUGUUGGUCUUGUUGCUGGGCCGAUUGUUUUCUACAUUGCAAUGGACUAUUUUCUAACUAUGUAAUGUACGAUAAAAUAAUAAUAAUAAUAACGCCAUUAAUAAAUUGAUUUAUCUACUAAGUAACGUUAGCUGUUUAAUAAUGACUCAAAUAUUAUCCUUAACACGGUUAAUUCAAAUUAAAAAUGAAACGAUAAUGAUUUCAUUUUAUACUGUGUGUCCCUCAUAAUUUGUGCCCGCUUUUCAAACUUAAAAUUGGCAUAAAAUGAUCGGACUCUUGAUUAUAUUACAACACAUACGGGAGUUAAACUAAAUCAGACGCUCUGGCCCUUUAAACGUGUUACCCAUAAUGCACCGUUGCACAGGACACACAUUUCCGCUUUAAAGGCGGCUAGAAUCCCUCCGCUUUACUGGAAGAGUCUGCAUUUAAAACUUGCCAAUGAGGUGUUUGAUGCUGGUGAAGUAUUUGGGAUUAUGCAGGUGGAGGAAGAAGAUGAAGAUGAGGAUAAUGAACGCAGAUCCAAUCCUGGAGCUGAGAUGGCUCAUAAAGUGAUUGUGACCAGAGAGAGUGGCCUGCAGGCUGCUGAUCCCACCAGUGUGUUUCUUGUAGAUCACGCCUGGACGUAUAGAGUGGAAAGUGCCCGGCAGCAGCUGCUGGAGAUUCCUGGUCUGCUGAUCCGUAUGGCCAGUCUGAUGGGUCUUCCCUUCCACGGAGAGGCUCCUGAUCCGGACAUCGUGGAUCUGGUCCUGGACAACAUGUGGAAAUACAACCAAACCUAUCAGCUUUCCCAAGGGUCUGCAGAAGAAAAGGUGCCCGUUUGGUACAUCAUGGACGAAUUUGGAUCUCGGGUUCAGCACUCUUCCCAGCCGACUUGCUGUAUGGCUCCUCUCUUCUACUCUCCACAACAGAUCGCUUAUUCAGUGCUGUGGCCACUGCAAGACCUGGAGAAUGGAGAUGAGGUGACGCGUGAUUUCGCAUAUGGCGAGGCGGAUGCUUUGAUGAGGAGAUGCCGCCUGUUGCCAUGGCUACCCGAUGACCUUGAGGCCGUGAGCGAUGACAUCCGGGAACCGUCUGACCUUUACUAUGAAACGAUUCUACAGGAGAACAAGGAGAAGCUUCCUGUUGACAUCCAGCCUUAUUGUGUUCCAGAUGGAAAAGUUCUGAAGGUCUACGCUGAGAUGAAGCAGGUUUUAGACCAUCUGAAACAUCCACGUUUCAAAUUCACUGAAAACAAGGAAGAGGCUGACAUAAUCUGGGCCUUCUCCCAUAUCCGAGAUUAUCGUCUUAGGAAACUGAGUGAGGAACGGCCUCACGUCCUGCUCAACCAGUUCCCCUGUGAGACUGUGCUGACCACUAAAGACUGCCUGGCAUCUGUGGCACGGAGAGCCAGGGGAGGUCAGGGGGCUCUGUGGCUCCCCAAGACCUUUAAUCUACAGACUGAGCUGCCUCAGUUCAUCAGACAUUACCAGCAAAGGCAGGAGAGAGGACUGGAAAACCACUGGAUCUGCAAACCUUGGAACCUGGCCCGCGGUCUGGACACACACAUCACGAACAACCUCAACUACAUAAUCAGACAGCGAGAGAGCACCCCAAAGGUGGUGAGUAAGUAUUUGGAGGAUCCCGUGUUGUUUCACCGAGAAGAGGUGGGCAUGGUGAAGUUUGACAUCCGCUACAUGGUGCUGCUGCGCUCUGUGGAACCUCUGCGUCUCUAUGCAUACAAUGUCUUCUGGCUGCGUUUUGCUAACAAACCUUUCUCGCUGGAUCACUUUGAUGACUAUCAGAAGCACUACACAGUGAUGAACUAUGCCGAAGAUGUGCAGCUCAAACAAAUUCACUAUGAUGAAUUUAUCCCCAUGUUUGAGAGCCAGUAUCCUCAGUAUCCAUGGAAACAAGUAGAGGCAGAUGUCUUUAAAGCAUUCUCAGAGCUCUUCCAAGCAGCUUCCUGCCGUCCUGCUCCAUAUGGGAUCUGUGCGUACCCCUCCUCCAGAGCCAUAUACGCCAUUGACCUCAUGCUAAAAUGGGACCAGACUGUUGAAGGAGAACGAGUGAUGCAGCCUCAGAUACUGGAGGUGAAUUUUAGCCCAGACUGUGAGAGGGCCUGUCGUUAUCAUCCCAGCUUUUACGACCACAUGUUCCAAACGCUGUUCCUGGAUGAGACAGAACAGUGUCCAGUCACUCGGAUUUUAUGACCAGCCUGAAUUCCAGCACUAAAAGAACGUCUCAACGUUACCAUAAAUAAAGAUAACGAAUGCCCCUUUAACAGUGUUUAUGUCACCAGGUUGUUGUGGUCUGUGUCGCAGUUACACAGAUGAAUCACUUGGAACAGAUCUGUGUCCCGUAACGGGAUAUUCCCUCCACAGUCUCCAUUUCAUCCUGCUUUCCAUGAAUAAUACAUGCAUGCAGAGUAUAUAUGAUGAGUUACAAAGAACAUAAAUGGAAAAGAGAGAUCAUAGUUCAAGCUGAGAGCCUAUUUUCUUACAAUAAUCAUAGGAAAAAUUACUUCUAAAAGUUUAGAUGAGAUCAAAGGCCAUUGUUGAUAGAUGUUGCAGAUAUACAGUCUGGUUGAAAUGAACAUUUUUCUCCAUUAACCACCAUUUUAUUGACUUAUGAACAUAUCUACAGAGUUAUUAAACUUGUUGCAUUAAGAAAUGUUAUUGUUACCAAAAAUC